UCUGCCAUCGACCGGAUCACCUGUAUGUGUUUUCUUCGACAGUACCUACUGUACUGUUAUACCGUUUUUCUUUGGGGUUUAAGUCGAAAAGGACAGCAAAAUCGACUCACAACUAAUCCUAAGCAUUGAAAGGCUGCUUUCUGAAGAACCUAAAAUGGCUCAAUACGUUCGAGUCACAGAGGACGAUUCGCUACCAGCAAUCGAAGUGCCAACUGAAGCAGACGGAACGAUUUUACUGUCGACUCUUCAAGCGCAGUUUCCCGGUGCUUGUGGAUUGAGGUACAAGAACCCAGAGACUGACAGCUGGAGAGGAAUUCGUUUGUUAGAAAACAUGCUUUGCCCACCAGCUGUAGAGGGAUGGGGAGGGCAUUUGUACGUUGUGGUGCAGAAAAAUGACAGCACUAGUAAAAGAAAAAUCGAAGAAUCUCCUAACACCAAAGCAGAACCAGAAACAAAAAUGACAAAGAUUUCUUCUCCAGAGGAUGGAUUAGGAGACCUCAUUGUGCUUGGACUUCCUUGGAAAACUACAGCAGAAGACAUGAAGGAAUAUUUUCAAAAGUUUGGUGAAGUUGUUAUGGCAGAGGUGAAAAUGGAUUAUGGAAGUAGUAAAUCCAGAGGAUUUGGGUUUGUGAACUUUAAGGACCCUGAAGUGGCAAAAACAGUUUUAUCCCAGGUUCACCGCAUUCAAGGUCGCCUUUGUGAAGUGAGAUUGCCACGUUGUAAACAAGAAUUUAUGCCAAAGAAGUUGUUUGUGGGACGUCUUCCUGAUUCAACAAAUGAAGGAGAUCUUUUGGAUUAUUUUAGUAAGUUUGGUGAGGUGAUUGAUGUCUACAUUCCAAAACCAAUGCGUGGAAUUUCAUUUGUUACAUUUGCUUCAGGAGAAGUUGCCAAAAAAGUUCAGUCUCAGAAUCACCGCUUGGGAUCAAAUCUGCUUAAUGUGAACUUUGCAGAGCCUAAAGCAGCCAAAAAUGCCCACAUGCCCUCCCCAGCAGACAUACAGUCUAUGUCUCAAAACUCUGUGCCUGGGUGGGGUGGUAUGGGAUUUCCAGAAAUGUAUGGAAUGGGCUCUUGGAGCAAUGCUGGACGUCAGAAUUUGUCAUACAAUGCAUCAGCAGCUUACAACAGUAUGAUGCAGAGCAUGAUGAACAUGGGCAACCCGUCAGGUGCUAGUAACAUGAUGGCCAACAGACAUGGACGACGAUAAAUAUCCAGGGUAGGAUUUUGUCUCUGUUUUCUGGAUUGUGGUACUGCAUAGGCUUUUUAAAGCAAUCCUAUGGUUGUAAAAAUUAUUGUUAUAGAACUAGCAGCAGAUGGCUUGUUAUUCCACUAUGAUGUACCAAUAGAUAUUUUGUCCGUAGAGAGUAAAGAAAUGAUAUUGCAUAGAUAGACUCUGUUAGAUUAUUGUUGAACUAGUUUUUCCUAAGGGAACUAAUGACUGUAGUAGCAUGAGGAAUACUGCUCUUUCUGUUCAUUUUCCUCAGCUACAAAAGAAUUCAAGGUCUUCUUAAGUAAAAAUGUAUUGCUUGAGGCAGAAUGUUGAGAAUUCAAAGUGAAUUUUUUACUUCAAGUGAUGGAGUUUUAUCAGGUGGAAGUAAAGUUAGAGUUGCACUUAUGCAAUUUCUCUUUCAUGUUGUGCAUAGACAUGUGGUUUUUGUCAUAAUCUGAAAUCAGUUAAAGUUAAAGUGCCCUUGUUCUCAGCACUGCAGCAGCUUUAGAUUUAACUCAAAAAGAACAGUGAGACUGGAAAGAAGUUUGCUUUUGUUGGUCAAGGAGAAGAAAUGUCAAAUGAAUGAGGAGUGAAUUCUACUGUUUACAUUAAAGAAGAAAAGUCUUUUUUAAAUACUUUGGAAUGGUGAGAGUGCUGGAUGCGUAGUAGUCUGACUUGUAUGAGUGUAAUAAAUUGCACUGUUUAAAAAUGUUUUUACAUAGUCUUUGUAUUACCAUUAAGUUAAUGAGUUGUAACACAACCUGAUCAUGGUAGGGGUCCAAACAAGGAACUUUAUUGUGUGAGCAUAUUGCAUAUUGUACUUGAAUCAUUCAGCAUGAUAAGAUUGUCUUGAAUGAAUGACAAGAAAGAAAGAGAAAUAAAUAACAUGGAUGUGUGUGGUGAAAACAUUGGGUUUAAUGCAUGGUCUGUGCUAAAUGUAAUAUUCCUGGGAAUUUAAGUGGCAUGGAUACUAGCAUGGGAAAUAUUUGUUUAUGGAAUUUGAGACAGGGCACAAGAAUGGCAGUUACUCUUAUUGAUAUGAUGGUGGUAUGACAUUGAGAAGUGGUGAAGGAAUGGGUGACAGUACAAUCAAAGGCAUGAGAGUUUUUAUUGUGGAGUGCGAUUUUCUGAGUGUAUGGAAAAUAUUGUUUUUGUCGAUGGUGACAUCUGUCUCAACAGUAAGAGGUUGCUGUCAUGAAGUGACUUUCUUUUGUGCUAUUAAAACAAUGGCAGUCCUUUUCAAGACUUCCCUUGCCCAGAUGUUCACAUCUCAUGAUCGAGUUUAAUUGUGGGUUAACUGACCACUCAUGAUGGACUUCCACCACUUGAGUCUUAUAGCCAGUGACAUCACAGCAAAACUAGAACAGCAACAAAAAGAACUUGAUUUGGAAGACUGACCAAUCAGUUUACAUAAACCCAAUUUAAUACACUGGACUGACAACAGCUCUUCACUCAACACUGAUGAUAACUUCCGCUCAGGUUGUCAAAACCUCAGUCACUGCAACUGACGACAGUUCUUCUCAGGAAUACCCCCACUGGACAUUCAGACUUCACUAUCAUAUUUUCAUUAUUGUAAGAAAUGUGCAAAGCAUUGCUCUUUGGUUUACUUGAGAAAGAACAAUUACAUUAAAGCAAAAGUAGAGGGAGAUUGAGAGGUCAUGUGUGAUUCUGUGUUUGAUAAUGCUCUGUUACAUGUUCAUCAUGAUAUGAGAGCUUAGAGUGCAAUGUAACUCAAGAAGAAGGGAAUGCUAUAACUUUCCGCAAUAAAUAUGCAGACUCAUAUGGAGGAGAGGCAUAUGAAGAGGGAUCUUGUGAGUUUCAAAGGGUUGCAGAGAGUAUGCUGAAUGGUAUGACAUGUCCUGAAUGGCUGCAGUGAGGCAUAAGAUUGUUAAGGUGGUGAGGGAAUAUGAGUGAGAACACUGUAAGUACAUCUGUGUGUGUUGGUCAAAAAUGUGUGAGUAAAAAAUGUGUGUUUUUAUAAGUGUCAAACUUAACUGUGGAAGUUAUCUUUGCACUCACUACACAAAGUAGGCAAUGACUUAUGUAAUAACCCAAAUUGAUAUAACAAAGAGGACACAUAUUCAUAUUUAAACACUGAAAAAUUGUCCUGAAUUACCAUGCCUCGACACUUUUUUGGCAAGUUUUCUGGCAUUUGUGUGGCUGUUUUAUUGUGCUUAACAAUUCACUAUGCUCAGUGUGACAGUUUGCUUAGACCUGAGCUGGUUAAAAUCGCUCUUGUUUGUCUCAUCAACAGGCAUGCCAGUGGACUCCAGCAAGUGCUGAAGAAGUUUUCAGAGUCAAGCUGUUCUCUGACACAAGAUCUGGCUUCAGCAAAAGAAAAAAAACACAAGGAGAUGCCAGUCACCAAACAAGAAGCUCAUCUGCAGCCAUCUCUUGGAUGGGUCUUGGUGAAAGAGAUCAAGUUUUUCCUUGGUUUACAUUGUUCCCAUUGUUAACAUUGAAACCAGAGGGUUUAAACAUCUGCCUGGUUUUACUUGUAUACUGUCGCAGCCAAGUGUCUUCUUGCAGAACGUAAUAAAUCCAUACUGUUUAAUUAACCCUAUCGAGCCCUUGAGUGACCAGUAAGGAAUUUCUCCUUACAAUAUUAAUACAUUGUCAAAGAGAGGGGUGAUGAGAAUAAAAAAAAUGAUCACCUUAAAAAGGGUAUUGUUUUGCUCAACUAUUCCUUACGCAAAAACUAACAGAAAUACACAUAUAUUGAUAUUGUGACCUAGUUUGGUAGUGUAAAGUUUAAGUUGACUUGAUGCCCAAGGGCUCUUUUGCAAAAUUCUGAUUUGUCCUCUAAGAAGGGCUUUCCCAAAAGAAAAGGUGGGAAGAUCAUCCAUGGGCAAAAUUUUAGUUGCCUCAUCACCCAAUCUCUGCUAUUCUGGAGCCCUAAUUUAACAUGUUCUUAGCCAUAUAAAAGCACAAGUCUUAUUCACCUCCAAAAAGAUAGAAUCCCUUGUGAAAACACUGUUCUGAUUCAGAAGGGUUUAUCAGUUUGGGAAGGUACAACAAAGUAUAACUUAUGUUGUCCAUUAAUGUGAGGCUCAGAACUGCUGUGAUCACAAUUUUGGAUUAGUUAUUAGAGGCAGUUUAGCCUUCUCAUUUUGCACUAUGAAUGGAAAAAAAAGGAGUUUUUGACUAAUAGGUAAUUUAGUGUUAACAACUGAGUUGAAAACAUAAAUUAGCCACCGUAUGGAGUUUAAAGGCUGUUUCGAGCGACAGCCCUUCAUCAAUUGUUCUGAUGAAGGGCUAACACUUAAAAUGUCAGCCUCUAAACUCGUUACGGGGGCUAAUUUACAUUUUCAAUUCAGUUGUUAACACUAAAUUACCUGUUAUACUCCCACCAAUGCAGCACCACAGUUUCUUUAGAAACUUACUCUCUUUAUUUUUGACUAACAGUUUGUUGAUAUUUGGUUGUCAAGAGUUGAAACAUAUUCGAUGCAUCAGAUUGGUCAAGGAAUAUAAUCAUUUUAAAAUCUUUUGCAGUCGGCUGCCAACAACUUGAACCCUUACUAACUGAUUCCUUGUAAUCAAUCUUAGGGAUGCUUUUUGCCAAUGAGUGUAAUCUUUUUAAACCUUGCUUCUCAUAACUUGGAUUCCCAAGUACUCAAACUUCCUUCAUUUCCCUUGGUUAUCAGCAUUUGGCUGCAUAAAUUGUUAUGUUUCCACAAGAUAUGGCAUAGUUAUGCAACGACAAGAAAGUUGUAACAACAAAAGUUAUUUUUAAGUGGUUUAUUAAGUAAAUCCUUACUUGUAGCAAUCUUGUUUAUAACAGCAGUAACCCCUGAUGUAUUUUGAAAUUAACUGUUGAUUAUAAACAAGUACCUUACAAAAGUUCCUCACGAUUUAUUGA